GGCUUCCUGAGAAGUUGGUUAGUGAGUAAUCUUGGGCAUAAUGAAGGUCGUGGGUAUUUUCGGAUGUUGGGUAGCCUUUCUGAUGAUUUUAGCCGGCGUGGGUCAUUGUUCGAGGUAUCGUGGGCGCAUGUCAGGCCCGCAGGCUGCCGUCAAACGUGUAGUUAAACCCUUGGAGUCGCAAAAAACAGUAAAACUUAGUGACUUUGGCAGGGGUCGUGGCAUCGCAUUUAAAGCUCAAUCUGUCUCGCAAGGUGCCCGAUCGGCUGUUCUAAAUACCGUGACUGUAGACUGUGGGGAAUCCAAUAUGGUCGUCUUUGUCAGCCCGGACUUGUUCGGUAAGGGUAUCCUUGUCCACGCUAAUGACUUGCGGCUGGGACCCAAUGCUGUACCACCCUGCCUUCCUGUAGCCAAUGCAACUGGCUUUGUCAUCACGGCAGGGCUUCAAGACUGUGAAAGCUCUCUUGCGAUGAUGACGAAUGCCAUGAUCUACACUAAUCAACUUGUUUAUGCUCCUUCUCCUUUGCCAAGUGGUAUCAUAAGAACAAAUGGGGCUGUUAUCCCUAUUGAGUGCACCUAUGCGAGGCAAAGGAAUGUUAGUAGUAAUGCCUUCCAGCCAACCUGGGUUCCUUUCACCUCCACAAUAGCUGCAGGCAGCAAUCUGGAAUUCUCCCUUCAGCUCAUGAGUGCUGAUUGGUCCUCCUCUGUACCACCAACUGUUUACUACCUGGAUGACAUGGUCAAUAUUCAGGCAUCUGUCAUUUCUAUGGAGCAAACCCCUGUUAGGCUGUUUGUGGACAGCUGUGUAGCAACUCUGUCUCCUGAUGCAUCCUCCACUCCCCGUUACAUGGUGAUUGACUUUAGUGGAUGCUUGGUAGAUGCCUUCUAUUCUGGGUCAACUUCUUCGUUUGUUUCACCAAGAAUCCAAUCAAAUAUGCUUCAGUUCUCUGUGCAGGCUUUCCGCUUCUAUCAAGAUUCAAGGAGUCUGAUCUACCUGAGUUGUCAUCUUAAGGUCACACCAGUGAGUGAGAAUCCAAAUGCUGUGAAUAAAGCCUGUUCCUAUGAUUCAACAAAUGGGUGGACACCUGUAGAGGGAGACCCUAGCAUCUGCUCUUGCUGUCAGACUCAAAAUUGUCCAUCUGCAAAAGCACGUCUUGUGAAAAGAGCAAUUGAAUCUAUUGAGGCAGAUGCUUCUGUUGGACCCUUGUUGAUUGAACCAGUCAAUCACAAACCCAUGUCAAAGAAAAGCUCACCACUUCAAAGAAUUGUAGAUGAGACCAAAAAAUCAGGAUUUUCAGAAUCUCCCCUGGCCUUCUUCCUGGUUGGCUCCCUGGCAUCUGUAGCAGUGGUGUGUCUUAUAGUGGCACUCAUUGUUUUGUAUGUUAAAUGCAAAGUGACUAGCAAAUGA